AUGGCUCAUUUCGCAAUGCUCACAAUUGUCAUUUUUGAUCAGGUAUUUUUUUUAUUGCAAAAACAAUAGUUUCAUUGAAAUUUCCGUUCAGACCGCGCACCUCGAGGCUUCGGUGGUUCCCGAUUACGUUCCGGUGGCGGAAGAAUCGAAAAUCAGCUUCACAGUGUGUUUGGUGCUCACAAUGUGCUCAAUUAUCGUCGAAUUCGCGAGCAUCGCCAUCGAAUUGCCCAGUAUUCCCCGAUCCUUGUGCUCGACCAUCUCCCACGCAAUCGCCACGUGGCUUAUUCUUUUGUUCAUCUACGACUCGCAUCCUCCAUCGCACUUCUGGCUCCUUUUGCUCUUUUUCUCGGCAGUUCCAUGUUCUUUGGCUAUUCGGGUGAUUGUGCAAAAACUGUCCGCCGGCUCACAGCAAUAA